UUAAAUUUAAGUACAUGUAGGCCUAAGUUCUAGUUUAAACACAUGGUUAAUUUGCUUGAUUUUUUUGCCAGUGGAGCCAUUCAUUCGUCAGUCAAAGCUGGCAACAUCGUUGUACAAAAACUCUCAGAAGGCUCGAAGGUGCCGAUAGCCUGGAAAGGCUGGAGAUACAUAGGACUAGGACUAGGAGCAUUUGCUGCCAUUGGAAUUUCCUACGUAUGUGUGGGUCCCAUCACACAUUACCUCUAUCGAUGGCUUCAUUGGGUUGAGGCACAUCUUCCAGGCAAAGACAAAGUUUCUCAGAUCUUGAAGGUGAUCGUGGACAGACUAUUCAGUGGACUGCCCUUCCUGCUGGGAUAUCUCUACUGCAUCAGGAGGUUUGAGGGCAAAAGUCACCAGACUGCAGUGGAUGAUCUCGAGCAGGCCAUCUGGCAAGCUCUCAAGAAGAUCUGGAUGGUCUGGACCAUGGUCCAGUAUGGCAAAAUCAAUUAAGUCCCACUCCAGUAUCGAGUACUCUUUGCUAGUUCUGUUGCCUUCAUCUGGUUUCUCUACAUAGCUGUCGUAAGUAUACACCUGGACAAAGAAGGCUGUCAACUGAGUUGAAGAAGGCCAUCAACUGAGUUGGGCAGGCCUGAAGAUUUCGUUUGUAGGUGCCAAUUGAUGAUUCAUUCACAACUUGUGUCAGAUACCUUGUUAAUGUAAAUUCAUGCAAGGCUGAUUCUGAAAAAAUGUUGAAGUGCUGAUAAGGCCAAAAAAAAAAAGUCUCCGGUUUCUGGUAUGGAGCUUGCCCCAAAAGUGGU